AUGGCGGGAAGAGAAGAGGGACCAGGGGAGGGGGUGGGGAGGAAGCGACUCUAUGUCGAACUGGAGCCUCUUUCCAAGCCCGAAGUAGACUUGGUUCAGCCAGAUGGAUCGGUCACCCUCCUCCCGCCCGAGAAUCCCGAGGAAGUGUUCGCAAAGAAGGUUGCCUUCAUGAGGUUCAGGGAGGAGGAGCAGAAGAAGAAGUCGGAGGAGUCAGCGGAAUCAGACAAGAAGCCUGAACAGGGAACUUUCCUCUGGAAGGAAGCGGUGGACGGGAUCCGAGCGUCGGCCCAUCAUACAUUACAGCUGUCUGCCUUUCUUGACCUGCUAUCGAAGAAAAUCUUGACUUUAGCGUCGAGCGGACAACCACACUUCUUCAACCCCAUUGCAACCACUGAAGCAAAACUUGCAAAGUUCGAGCGAGCGCAUACUUACUUGUCGACAACGAUGUCCCGAUUGCAGGAAGAAUUGAAGAUCGACUCGAAGUUUGUAACUAGUUUGGGUCACAUCAGCGAAAAGUGGAAUGUUAAGCCUCUCGGACGAAGUUCGAGUGUCUCUCGUUUGCCGGCAAGCAUGAAUGAGCAGUUCCAGUGUAGCAGAAUCUUCUUCGUUAAUUUUGGUUGCCUAUGCAGAAUGGAUCCCAGCUACAUCCCUGGAAACGACACACGCAAAUUCAAAGUCGUAGUCAGCAGCGGGUUUCCAUCUCCCCCCGAGGGAUAUCUCCCUGUACCCAACAAGUCGACAAACCUGGAUCAAUAUUUAUUCAUGGCGCUAUCUUCGAUAGUUGCAAAAGAAUUGUUUCGUGCGCUCUCGAUAGAGGCGCUGGGUCAACUUCCCAACAGUGCAGCUGUAAAUGUGAACGGAGAUUGUGUGGCAUGCGGGCCUAUAUUAGCUUUGCUACAGUCUGCACCGAUAAAUGCAGAGCAAGAGCGGAAGGACAAAGAUGGACAGGAUACCAAGCAGGAUGUCGAGGUUGUUGAGGUCAAUGGGCAUCUUGAUCAAAAUACCGAAGAGCCUGCCAGCGAACCACCUGAAAGUGUAGAUAAAGAAGUGAACGGUGAGAUAACCACCGAGAAGGUCGAAUCCAGCGAGAUGGAGACAGAUCUAGUCGAUAUAACGGAAGAAUCGUCUACACCUCAAGAAUUCGCCGGUGCUGGAAGUACUCUUCUUGAAAUAGUAGCUAGACAAUUCUUGAGGCAUUCUCAUAAACAAAGACUAAAGCCGAAACCGAGCCAAGCUACCUUCCCUUGGAAUCCUGCCAGCUUUAGACGUCAUCGCGAGACACCAUCGGUAGAUUACUUCCUCAAUCUAAAUCAUUGCACGUUUAAUGGCCUUCUGUCCAGUUUCCGAAGCUCUCUUUUGGAAGCAAUCGACACUUGUGCGAAUCUUCCGAUCCUAGGAAAGAUUCUGCUUGCUAAGUUGCAUUGUCAUCGAUCAGAGAGAGCAAAUGUCUCGCGUAUGUGUCUUGAACUCUUCAACCCUCUACUAUCUCCCCCCGAUAAUGGUAUCCAUCAAGAAAAUACGAUUGCUGUAACUGCCAAACCAAACAAUGUUCAAAUUGAUGUUAUUCUGCGAAAUUCUGAAGCAUCGGUAUCUGUUUCACCAGCCAUUGUGGCUCCUGGCAGACUGGUGGAAAGGAAUAUGUUUACUUCGACGGCUCCUUUGAAAUACUUCAUCGAGAACAAUAUGGCGAUUCUAUUUUUCCAGGUUCUGCAGUCUUUCAGAGCACACUACGUUGCUCACCCAUUCUGCAAGAUUUUGCAAAAAGAGGCUGAAGCUUGGAGUUGUGCUACAGUGUUUCCUCCAAUCAUUUUGGAAGAAGAAAGCACUGCAGAUUUGAUGUUUCGUCUGAUUGUUUGGCCGCCGGCUGCUGAACGUGGCGACGAGGACGAGCGAUAUAAGAUGAUCGAGUACAGCAUUCAACGCGACGUGGAACGGCUAACAGUGUCAAGUUUUGCUGAUGAAGCCUCUCCUGCGCAGUGGGUCAUGGGAUGGCAUGAGCUGACAUGCGGUUCUGCUGCAGUUCAAAGGGAGAGAUUGGCGGGACAAGUUUCGGAGGAUCGCACUGUUGUGGUCAGAGCUGACCUUCUUUCGCUCUCCAUCCUCUUCGCCGCAUGUCUUGCAAGAUCAGAGAGCCACUUUGAGGUGCUAACGCCGUACGAGGGAGAAAUCUUCGACCAUGCUGAUGCCUACUUUGAGUACAAUCUACAUGGUCACUUCGCAGGGUAUCAGGUCUUGAUUGCCAUCAACGGAAACGAAAUCAUGCGCACACGGGAAGUUCACGUCAGAGUUGGCGUGCCAGGGCUGCCAGCAGGGCUUCAUCAUCUUCUUUUGCAAGUGUUGGAUGACACAGGCAAGCCGGGGUUGCUUGAUCACUACACCGCCUUCGAGAUCACGAGGCUGCAAGCUCCUGAGAGCAUCAUCCCCAUCCCUGAAGGAGCGGUUGGGAUUCGCAGCGAAGAGCUCCCCAUCGAUCCCUCCAUGGACUUCGCACGAUAUUCUCCCAAGGUGCAAGAAAUGCUCUACAACCAUCAGCAUCCACCCCAAACUUCAUGUCGUUCGAUGCCCUUCUUGAUAUGGGAGCCCUGGGGUAUCGUUGGUUUCGGUGCACAGCUGCUUGGGUUGCGCGUAGCGAUGUCUCUCGGUCUACAAACACAGCGUGUCGUUGUAGGGAAUCCUGACUGGGAGAACAACCUGGUCAACUCUGAGUUGAAGUGGCGCUUCAACCUGACAGAGAGCAAUCAAGGUUCUCCAUGGGGUGAGCUUGGCUCCCUCCAAGAGCUAUCCUGGUGUGCAUCCUCCUCCAAUGUCCUCGAAAGCGUGCGGGCCCUGCCUGGAGUGGAUAUGAAUGACAUCUCCAUAUCCAACGUGCGGGUCUCCGGGGAUCUCUGGGGAGUUGAGAAUCGAGAGCGCAUCUUCGAGAUGCCUGAAGUCGCCAUGAAGCUCCUCCCUGAACCUCCCAAUCUGUUCUGGUGGUGGACUGAGACGACGCAUUACCUCCAUCGGCCAAAACCAAAGUUGGGGAGCUUCAUCGAAGCUCAAAAGAAGCUCAUGGGAUGGGAGCAUCCUAUCAUCGGCAUCCACAUGAGGCUCGGGGUGGAUAAGAACCGAGAAGCACAGCGCUUCCCGACCAAGUACUACAUUCACGAGGCUAGGCGCAUCCGCAAGCUCUUUGGGGGUGUUGGGACAAUCUUCGUAUGUUCUGAUCGGAAGAGUGCCGUGACAAAGAUGAUCUCAGAGUACGGAAAGGAGUUUCGGAUCAUCACUCAGCCCAAGGUGGAAGGUGCUCUACCCAUGGAGUAUGUGCAUACUGAUCUCGCGCUGCUCGGAGAGUGUGACUACCUGAUCUUCACCUUCAGCUCCAACUUCGGGAUGGCAGCCUUCUACCUUAAUUCCUUCCUUCAUGGACACAGGCCGACGUACGUCUCCAUGGACGAUCUGUUCGAGGGGUUCCGCUACUAUGGGCAUCAGAUGACACUAACGUUCAACCAUCAGAAUGGCGUGAGCGAGCUCGGCGUUAGGGUCUGCGCAUCGCAGUUGACAGCGGGCAAUCAAACAUUGUUGUUGAUCGAUGAUAAGAGAGACUCGGCUGUCGAGAUUUGUGCCAAUUUGUUGGGGGAGGAAUACUGCAAAUCCCCGAGGACGCUGAAAGAUCAGGAGACAGGGACUAUUCUUUGGGAUUCCGACAGUUGCACCGUCGCAGAAGACUGGGAUGCUUGCACAGAGAGACUGCACGAUACUUAUCGAAGUAUAGUUGCUCAAGCGGACAAAGUGCGCGAGAAGGGAGAUUGCGAAGAGGAAUGCGACGACAAGAGUUGUUCAUCACUAUCUGAAGGCAAUCGCAGAGUGUUGGGAUUUGGCUUCAGAAUACCCAAUGAUGAAUUGUGA